AUGCCUACCCAUGUCAAUGGCAUCGCCUCACAAGAUGUCCACGACAAGAUCAAGAAGCUGAUCCACGAGCUGGUCAACAUCACAGACACCACUGGCCAGUUUUUGAUGACGCUCGCGGACGGCCAAGUCAUUGAUACAAAGGGAUGGAAUGACUGGGAAUGGACACACGGCAUUGGCCUCUACGGCAUCUGGAAGUAUUACGAGCUGACCAACGAUGCGCAGUACCUCAAGAUCAUUGAGGACUGGUUCCAGGCCCGAUUUGCAGAGGGCCACAAGGGCAAGAACAUCAACACCAUGGCCGUCUUCCUGACCCUCGCCUACGUGUACGAGAAAACGGGCAACCAGACCUACCUUCCCUGGCUGGACAGCUGGGCCGAGUGGGCAUACCACGACCUCCCUCGCACGAGACACGGCGGCAUGCAGCACAUCACCUAUCUCGAAGUCAACGACCAGCAGCUGUGGGACGACACGCUGAUGAUGACGGUCAUGCCGCUGGCAAAGAUCGGCCUGCUGCUGAACCGACCACACUACGUCGAGGAGGCCAAGCGCCAGUUCCUGCUGCACAUCCAAUACCUCUUCGACCACAAGUCGGGGCUCUUCUUCCACGGCUGGACCUUCCACGAGGGCGGCCACAACUUUGCCGACGCAAGAUGGGCGCGCGGCAACAGCUGGGUGACGAUCGUCAUCCCCGAAUUCAUCGAGCUGCUCGACCUCAAGCCGGGCGAUGCCCUCCGCGACCACCUGAUCAGCACGCUAGUCAGCCAGAGCGAGGCGCUCACCCCGCUGCAGGCGCCCAACGGGCUCUGGCGAACGCUGCUCGACGUCCCCGAGGAGGAGGGCUCAUACCUGGAGGCGAGCGCGACGGCCGGGUUCGCGUACGGGCUGCUCAAGGCGGCGCGGCGAAAGUACAUUGGCAAGGAGGGCAGCGAGGAGACGGCGCUGCGGGCGGUCAAGGCGGUGCUGGACAAUAUCAGCCCCGAGGGCGAGCUGCUCAACACGUCGUUCGGGACGGGGAUGGGCCAUGACCUGCAGCACUACAAGGACAUCCCUCGGACGAGCAUGCCCUACGGCCAGGCGAUGGCCAUGAUGGCUCUGGUGGAGUUCCUGCGGGCUUACAUCUGA